GGAGCAGCGGGGCGGGCGGCGCGGCGGGCAUGGGCGAGGGCGGCGGGCAGUGAAGGGGCCGCUGCCGCCAUGUGGCUGAAGCCCGAGGAAGUGCUGCUGAAAAAUGCCCUCAAGCUGUGGGUGCAGGAGCGUUCCAACCAGUACUUCGUGCUGCAGAGGCGGCGGGGCUACGGCGAGGAGGGCGGAGGCGGGCUGGCAGGUCUGCUGGUGGGGACAUUGGAUGCAGUGUUGGAUUCUACAUCGAAAGUCGCCCCAUUUCGUAUCCUGCAUCAGACACCAGACUCUCAAGUCUACUGGUCCAUUGCAUGUGGAUCCAGCAGAGAAGAAAUAACAGAACACUGGGACUGGUUAGAACACAAUGUUAUGAACACUUUAUCAGUGUUUGAUUCAAAUGAAGAUAUUACAAGCUUUGUCCAAGGAAAGAUAAGAGGUUUGAUUGCUGAAGAGGGAAAAGGUUCUUUUGUAAAAGAAGAUGAUCCUGAGAAGUUUCGUGAAGGUCUCAUGAAGUUUGAAAAGUGUUUUGGAUUACCAGAGCAGGAGAAGUUGGUUACCUAUUACUCCUGCAGUUACUGGAAGGGCAGAGUGCCCUGUCAAGGAUGGCUUUAUCUUAGUACCAACUUCCUUAGCUUUUAUUCAUUUUUGCUGGGAGCAGAAAUAAAACUUAUUAUCUCUUGGGAUGAAAUAUCGAAACUGGAGAAGACUUCUAAUGUGAUUCUGACAGAGAGCAUUCAUGUGUGCUCCCGUGGGGAAGAUCACUAUUUUUCCAUGUUUUUGCACAUUAGUGAAACAUUCCUUCUCAUGGAGCAGCUGGCAAACUAUGCUGUCAGGAGACUUUUUGAUAAGGAGACGUUUGAAAAUGACCCAGUCCUUCAUGACCCCCUGCAGAUCACUAAGAGAGGCCUGGAAAGCCGAGCCCACAGUGAGCAGUUUAGUGCAUUCUUCAGAUUACCCAAGGAAGAGACCUUGAAGGAAGUUCACGAGUGCUUCUUAUGGGUUCCUUUCAGUCAUUACAACACUCAUGGCAAAAUGUGUAUUUCAGAAAACUACAUUUGCUUUGCUAGCCAGGAUGGCAGCCUGUGCAGUGUAAUCAUUCCAUUGAGAGAGGUCACAGGGGUGGAUAAGGCAGACCCAGCCAACAGAGGAGUCAGCAUUAGUACCAAAGGGAAAACAGCUUUUCGUUUUACAGAGGUGAGAGAUUUUGAGCAGCUUGUGGCAAAGCUCAGGAUGAAAUGCAGUGCAACUUCAAGUCCCCAGUACAUCGUAAAUACAGAGGUUGCAUCUGGUUCUGCCUCUGACAGUCCAAAUGAUGUUGAUGGGGGACUUUCAAAGAUGGGUCAGAGAGAUAACAGCAAGACUGUCAGUACAGAAGCCCUAAUGACUGUCUACCAUCCUCAGGAUGCUGAGAAUCUAGACUCUAAAAUGCUGAAAGAAAAAAUGAAAGAGCAGUCCUGGAACAUCCUCUUUGUUGAACGUGGACAUGGUGUCAGCAUGUUCCGAACAAAGAAGACCCGAGACCUGGUUGUAAGAGGGAUCCCAGAGGCACUAAGAGGAGAGCUCUGGCUGCUCUUCUCAGGUGCUGUAAAUGAUAUGGCAUCCAACCCUGGAUAUUACACUGAACUGGUGGAAAAGUCCUUAGGAACGUGCACUUUAGCUACUGAUGAAAUUGAACGAGAUUUACGGCGCUCCCUGCCUGAGCAUCCUGCUUUCCAAAGUGACACAGGAAUUUCUGCACUCCGGAGAGUUCUUACAGCUUAUGCAUACAGGAAUCCCCAGAUUGGAUAUUGUCAGGCAAUGAAUAUUUUGACAUCAGUACUUCUGCUCUAUGCUAAAGAGGAGGAAGCAUUUUGGCUCUUGGUUGCUGUGUGUGAAAGGAUGCUACCUGAUUAUUUCAAUCGUCGAAUUAUUGGUGCCUUGGUAGAUCAGGCAGUGUUUGAGGAGCUCAUCAGGGUUCAUCUCCCUCAGCUGACAGAGCACAUGACGGACAUGACUUUUUUCUCCUCGGUCUCUCUCUCCUGGUUCCUUACCCUUUUUAUCAGUGUGCUGCCUAUUGAAAGUGCAGUCAAUGUGGUGGACUGUUUCUUCUAUGAUGGGAUAAAGGCAAUCUUGCAGCUGGGUCUGGCAGUGCUGGAAUACAACAUGGAGAAGUUGCUGACUUGUAAGGAUGAUGCAGAAGCUGUCACUGUGCUCAACAGAUUUUUUGACAGUGUCACUAACAAAGACAGUCCUUUGCCUCCAGCUGUGCAGCAGGGCUCCAGUCUCAGCGAUGCAAAGAAUGAUCAUCCAAAAGUGGACAUCACUGAUUUGAUCCGGGAGUCAAAUGAAAGGUAUGGAGAUAUUCGAUAUGAGGAUGUUGAGAGCAUGCGCUGCAGGAACAGGCUCUGUGUGAUCCAGGCAUUAGAAGCUACAACCAAGCAGAAUGUGCUACGUGUUGUGUCCCAGGAUGUAAAAUUUAGUCCUAGUGAUCUUGAAGAACUUUAUGACUUAUUCAAGAAGGAGCACUUUCUUUCCUGUUACUGGAAUGUAAAUAGUCCUGUCUUGCAACAUCAUGAUGCCAGUCUGCCCUAUCUUGACCAAUAUCGGGUUGAUUGCCAGCAAUUCAGGGUUCUCUGUCACCUCUUGAGCCCCUGGUCACACUGUGCAAACAGAGACUCCUUGGCCUUGUGGACAUUCAGACUGAUGGAUGAGAACUCUGACUGCCUUAUAAACUUCAAACAAUUUGCCUGUGUUCUUGAUACCAUGUAUAAUGGAAGUUUCACUGACAAACUCAAGCUUCUUUUUAAGUUGCACAUCCCUCCAGCUUUUACUGAAGUAGAAUCUCUAAGUCCUUCCAAGGGUGGUGAUCUUUCAAAAGAAGAAUUGAUCCACUUCAGCCAACUCAGUGUAUCCUAUGUUGGUGAUAGUCUUGAAAGUGAUUCUUUGAAGAACAGCCCAGAAAGAGGGAAGGGAAAGGUUGAUAUUCAGGCAUAUCUGAGGCAAUGGCAAGAUGAACUCCUUAAAAAGGAAGAAAACAUUAAGGAUUUGCCAAGAAUGAAUCAGUCUCAGUUCAUCCAGUUCUCAAAAACUCUGUACAAUCUGUUCCAUGGGGAUCCUGAGGAGGAACUGCUGUACAGGGCUAUAGCUGUGGUUACCACCCUCCUGCUGAAAAUGGAAGAAGCUGGGAGAAGACUGCAGCUUCCCACCUCACCCAGCAAAAGUCCAGUGGCUGUGAUGGAGGUGCCUGCUGGAAUCCCCAGAGAAGGGCAGGAGGAAAGCAGCUCUGAGCAGACUGAAGGCAGCAGAGCACAGAGUUUGAGAGGGACCCACGAAUGGUCUUUUGCCUUUGAACAGAUUUUGGCCUCCUUGCUAAAUGAACCAGCCUUUGUGAGGUUUUUUGAGAAGCCUCAUGACAUAAAAGUUAAAAUAGAGAGUGCUAAAAAUUUACAACUUAAAGCAAGAAUCAGAAUGUAGUUAUUUUCUCUGCCUUUGAGUUAACCACAUAAAGUGCUUACAAAUGAAGGCUGUUACCGUGGAAAUUCAGUUCAGUGUGUACAUAGGGAAUGGCAUUUGAAGAGUUAGCUUCCUAUCAGAUUACUUGUAUGAAAUGUAAAUAAAAAUAGUUUGAAGCACGAUCACUUUCUUGGAUUGUUCAUAAGUUUCAUUAAAAAAAAAAAGACUGAAUGAUAAACUUUCUUUACCAUGUUAUUAAAAUAGGCAACAUUGCUCAGAAAUACUGGACGUGACCUACUGCAAGGCAGUCUGAAUGCCAGCAGGUAACAUGUGUGGUCUCCAGGCUCAUUUCAAUUACUGUGAUACAAGGAAUGACUUCCAGGCAUUUUCACUUAAAAGGAGUAUUGACAGCUUGGAGGUUGUCUUCCAGGUUAGUUUAAUUAGUUAUUUCCAAACUUACAUGUCAGCUGGGAUCAAAGCAGGGUGAAGACUAAGAAUAGAGGCUAUGGUAGGCACAAGAAGAUGAGAAGAAAUUGCCCUGCUCUCAAUCCCUGUGCUUUGGUGUUAGCAAUGGCCCUGGACUCCUGCAGCUUUCAGGGCUUUAUCAGCAGUUUGCAGACUGCAUUCUCCCAGCCCAGGUCUCAGAUUUUGCAACAACCAACCAGGUUCCUGCUUUUCUAGCUCAGCUGGGAUAUGAGUUCUCUUUCCCAUUUUCCCCAAGGAAAUCCUCUGGAAUCUGACUUGAAAUUUUUAAUAUAUAAAAAAUGAUACAGUAAAGAUCCUGUGGAGGCAAACUCUGCCAGGAUUAAUACUGAUAAAUAUUGGCCUUGAACCUUUGGUAGCUGGAGCUAGAAUGGGUUUAGAGAAAGAGGGGAAGAGCUUAUGUUUUUAACAUCAACAGCAAAGUAAACUGGAACUCUGCUAAAUGGCCUUUCCAAAGUCUGUAUGACAAUCUUUCUCUGCAGAGCAGUGUUAUUUUUAUAUUGUGCAUGAUUUUUAUACUGAAGUAGAAUGGGGGUGGCAUCAUUCAUUUUUGGCCUUUUUUGCAAUACUAAUAUGAAUGAAGAAUAAAUGGAAUUCUGAACUGUGUUACAAGCACAUAAUUGCAGCUGGUGUUAAAGUUCCCAUUCUGCUUCUACAGGAUAGUUUAGAUCAGGAGCAAUGAAUUUAUUAAUUUCUUCUUCCUUCCCCCAUACUCUCAGGUAUUAAUGUAAAAUAAAGUUUUACUGAAUGAACAGUAACUUCAAAAACUUCAUCAUACAUGUGAGAAAUGAGGAAGCUUUUUCUCAGAAGCUUUCACACACUAGUUACACUUGAUAAAAUAUAAUAAUGAUUUAUAUUUUUAUGUCUAAAAUAUAAAAUCUAAUUCUAAUCUAAUCUAUUCAUAUGGGUAUGUUUCUGAGGAAAAGUAGGGAAACACUGUGUUACUUUUAAAAUGUAUUUACUAAUUUCCUAAGGUAGUUUUAGAAAUAACAAGCAGGUGAUGUUGUGUUGUUCUAGUCCAGGACAUAGUCAGAUAAGGUUUGCUCAGUGAAUAAUUCUGCUGCAAAUAACUGUGCUGAAGUUAAUGGAGCCCCAUGAAAAUAGAUGCAGCUGCUCAUCCAAGAAGCUUUUGUAGGUUAAUGACAGAUUUUGUUAAUUUCAAUAAGUAGUCAAAGUUAUGAGCUAUUUACCAAGCAAGGUAGCACAGAGAUAUGAAAGUCAUAAAACUCAGUGACAUUUUUGUGUUUGAGAGCCAAGAUGCUAAGAUCUAAAUACAGAAAACUCUACUGAAGGAAUCUGCAAGACAGCCUUGUGACAUUACUUGGUAUGGUUAUACAAAACAGAGCACCUUAAAAAUACCAUUUUCUGUUAGUGUAAAUCCAAGAGUGUAGAGCUGUUUCCAGCUAUGUAGUAGCUCCUGUCAGCUAUCAUAGCUUGUGCAGAGAAUGCCAGCAUAUACAUAUAUUUAUAUAUAUAUAAAUUUAAGGUGAGAAUUUAGGACAGAGUAAUGCUAAAUGUUGUUGACUGCAUGGAUUUUCUGUUCAACUUGUUUCUGUUUUUUCCUCAAAAAGGGUAAUGUGCCCCAAAAGGGGAAUGAUUUAAAAUUCCUGUGACACACCUGCAGGCUGAUCCAAGCAGAGUGGCCAGGCACCAGCCUUGGCAGGAUGGAGAGUGGAGCAUGGUCACUCCCAGCAGGCUGGCAGCACUCCUCCAACUGCAGGGUCUUGUUUGGGAGUCUGUGGAUCAUGGGCUGAGCCUUAGGGAGAUGUGGAUGGAGCAACUGCCAAGGAGCAGAGGUGAUUGCUGGGCUUCUGCCACACACUGAGAAACACACAUCCUUUGCUUGUGGCAGAGUAAUUCUGGAGGUUCUGUCUUCCCUUUCCUUGUGGGGACAGGCUGGCCAACAGCUCAAUGCAGAGAUAGUUGGGCUUGGGGCAGCUGGAGUAACAGAAGCUCUUUCUCUCUUCAGUUCUAAAGGGCUGGAGAUCCCCACACCAUGCAGCUUUUUUGGGCGUGUCUUGGUGAUGCAAAAAUAAACCCAGACUCACCUCAUAUUGCCUGAUGAGGAUGUUGUGGGUGAGCAAACUUCUGCUGCAGCAGGGCAGCUGCCACAUGUACCUGGGGAUUAAGCAGAAGUUCAGGCAAGAAGUCUGGUGGUUGCAGGGUGUCUGACCCAGGAUUACUCAGCUACUUCCCAAGGGGGGACUUUCCAUUUAAAUUAUAACUUGGCGGUGUUGAGAAAAGUUUUUUGAACUUUGGGGCUGUUCAUUCACAAACAGGAAGCAGUGUGGUUAAGUGAGUACUGAUGUGUCAUUUCACAUAUCUAAGUUAUGGUGUGGUGGUUUUUUUUUUUCCUGUAACAUUUUUCAUGAAGUUAUCAGUCUUUUUUUUUUUUUUUUUUGGUUCAGUCACAGGAAGCAAAUGAAUGUGCCUCAUUUGGAGGGAUGGAGAUAGGACAGAUUGCUAUAACUAGUGAGGCUGUUCAUACAGUUUUAAACUUGUGCUACCUGCUGCAAUGUCACUGCUGUGACUUGGCCACUAUGUCAUGGUUGUUUACCCUGAAACAUUCCCAGUGGCUCUUUGUCUGCACUGCACAGACCUGUGUAGGGGAUACUCUCAGUAAUUGUUAGCUUGGGGGGGGUUGGCAAAGCUGCUGUGUCCUCCCAGUCCUUGUGCUGCUGUGGGAGUUUGUCACCAGUGCCUCUGCUCCAGGUGAGGGGGGCAGCCCUGAGCACCUGGCUGCUGGAGUUCAGGGCUUGAAUGCACCAGGUGAGGGAAUAGCUCAGCUGAUAGUUAACAAAAUGUAUAAGCCCUUUCCACCAUGUUGGAGAACUGCUGGUAAUUCAACAGGUAGCAUUUCCCAGGACAUGGAAAUGGGUGCUGGCACAUGAUUCAUAAAAAAACCCCUUCAUUCCUAAACCAAGCCACUUGUUAUCACUCUAAUGGUUAGAUUAUAAUGUAUUUUGAGAAGAGUUUGCUACUACAGUGUCUAAGAAAUAGCUGUGUGUUGAUUGUACUUGUUUCUCAUCCACCAUUCAAGGUGCUUGAUUGCAAUUGCAGGUGUUAUGUAUACUAAAACAGAAAUAUUCCAGUUUGUUUCCAGAAAAACAGGCUACUGUGUCUUUUUUGCUACAGCUUUGUCACUUUACCAAGAAGGCAACACCUUUGUGUUCGCAGGUUGGCUUUUUAUACAAUGUAUUGUAUGCAGAAGUACUGUAAGAAAAAUGGGGUGCUAAAUAAAAAUUCGUUUCACUUAA